AUGAUGAUUUACCCUCCCAGAGGUCUGUGUUGGUUCACUAUCCAAGGCGAAUGUCCUCUCACAGGGGUAGAUAGGAUCGACACCUCCGGUGGCACUCGAGAAAUCCUCAGCCGCUUACAAGACAUCGAGACAAUGCUCAAGACUCAGUCGGAUCAGAUCUCAAACGUUGCCAAGUCCCAUAUCGGUGCUUAUGCCGUCCCCGAGGCCUCGCCAUCAGGACAUACAACUGCUCCUCCAAGAGAGCUUCCGAAUGCUACCAUGCCCUCGCCCUGGUUAUUCUCCGGAUUAAACAUGCAACCAGAUUUGCCAGAACUACCCCCAUUGACAAUUCCGGUCAAACACAAAAAAUCCUCUAGUUACCUCCUGAGCUUACCCCCAGUCAAAUCCCUCAUCGGGGAGUAUCCGACCGAUUUGUUUUUCCUGUUAGAAUCACGAGCUCACCUGCCACCAGAGCUGUCAUUUGAGACUUGGCCAGUACCGAAACCAUCGGUCGAAAUCGAAAGUGAUGUUGCUACUGGUUUGGUAUCUAUCUUCUUCGCGUCAGCUCAUCAUGACCAUCCAAUCUUGGACCCAGGCAGGUUCGAAGAUAUCUUCCGCCGGUUUCUGGAGAAUGGGCCCGAUUCGAGUACCGCAUCGGCCUUAUGCAUGGUCGUCCUGGCACUUGGUGCUGUCGCUGCUUCACCACCAGAUGCUCAUACAUUUCUUCAUUCACCCCCGGGCAUGCAGUACAUGCAGCACGCCAUGCCAACCCUCCUCAGCCAGUCAGCAUGGUCAUUUUCAUGUAGUCUCAUGCUACCACAGGCGCUUGUUCUUGCUAGUGUAUAUUUCGCAUAUAUCGUCCGCCCUUUGCAGAGCUGGCGACUCGUCUACUCUGCCACGACGAUAAUCCAGUUCAAACUUUCGGGGAUUGACACUCAGCAGAAGGAAUCUUGGUGGCGAGAGAGCCUGAUCCGCCUGUUUUGGUCCUGCUUUUUGAUCGAGUGCGAUCGCCUCGCCGAGCUGGAACUCCCCCCGAAGUGUCUUCCGGAGUGCACUAACCUUGGGACGAUGCAAUCAACCUGCUAUCUCGCAGAGAUAUCUAUUCGUAGAUUACUGAAUCGCGUGCAUAAUUCCCUCUACCCGAACAAGAAGUACGGCUUGGCGCUAUCAUCCACCACAUUCGCAACACCAGAGGAGUUUGCCAUAGAUGAUAUAUCGUCCAUAAGUGCAGUUUGCGACGAGUUACGCUCACAACUCGAGUUAUGGCAUUCUUCCAUACCAGACAUCUUUCGUCCAGAGCUCAACAUCGAAGCUUCCAUGCAGGAAUCGAAUGGUCGCCAGGCAAUACUACGGAUUCGGUACUUUGCCACGCGUCAUAUAAUAUACAGGCCAUUUGUUCUCUUUAUUGUGACCCAUGAUGUCACCUCCAUAUCCCAUGAUAUGGUUGAGAAAGCUGGUAUUUGCCUCGAGAGCUGCCGAUGCUACAUCCACAGCACGGCGAGGAUCCUCAAAACCCCGAGCCAAUACACGUGGACAUUCUCGUUAUCAUCACUCGGUGCCAUUGUGAUUCUAACGCUUGCUUCACUAAAUCCCGCUUUGCAACAUCUGGUGACCGAUAUUGACGCAUUGCAAAGCUUAGCUUUGAACAAUAUUCGGCCCUGGGCUUUCUCUAGUCUUGAGGCUGUUAUAACGAUACUUGAAGACGUCCAGAAAAAGCAAAGGCUUUUCUCGCCCGACGAGAGUGUGAGCCCGUAG